CUGGAGAUGUUGGCUUAACAGGAAGUUAAAAAGAUUCCCGCCUGUGAAUUUUCACUGACUGACAGAAACUCUCGGCAGAAUCUACAGGAUUCAUUGGAAUAUUUUUGGAAUAGGACAACCUUGGAAUUUGCAGUUUUUUUAUCCGUGCUCUGUUUUCUUUAUUUGGCUGCUGUAUCUUAAUUUUUCGUUUUCUUCCAAACAGAUAUUUUUCCCUCUCUUUCCCCCAUUUUCCUGUCGAUCAUCGACACCGUUACUCAUGGUCCAUUCAUAUGGAUCAGCAUCCCUUCAUCAUUAGGGUGGAGUAUGAUGGACGGCAGUCGUCCCUUCAGUGCCCAUCAUUUACAGACUGACUCGCACUUGCUUACAGAAAAUACUUUAUUCGAAACUUUUUCAAAGUUAAGUUACAUUAAGUCCUGCUGAGUAACUUGGGAAAGAUCUAAACCCUUUCGGGGACAAACGACUUUGUUGGUGAAACAUCUGCGAAGUUUUGCAGCCCUGCACUACUGAAAAAACAAGCACUAAGCUUUGGCGUUGAUGACAGGACUUCGCUGGUUAAAAGCCCCACCGAUAUAGAUGCUAACAUCCUUGCAGUGCUUCCCAAAGUUUCAGAGCUAAGGAAGCAAUUUGAAACCACAAUCGGAAGGCAUCCAAAAAGUGAUCCAGAAAUGAACCGGAAAGAGAGGAUAGCACGGAGGCUGGAGGGAAUUGAGACCGACGUUCCCAGCGCUCUUGCUACAAGCAUGCAGCACACAGCCGGCCUGGUAACCAAUCGGCUGCUAGAGGAGGACACACCACGCUACACGCGCGCUUCAGAUCCCAGUGAUGCAGGAAUUGUGGUGCGACGCUACAGUCGUGAUGAGAUUGAAGCUCCAGAUCGACAAUUCCAAACUCGAACGCGCGCAGAUCCACAGCAAACCACUCAUGUUGAUCCAGUCGUCCCAGUCCCAGCAGAGUCCGAUAUAUCCAGCCUCAGCUCAAAAGCCGAACGCAUUGCACGCUACAAAGCCGAACGUCGACGCCAAUUGUCAGAGCGUUACGGAAUCCUGCUCGAUCAGGAAGCGGAUGUGGAUUACGCCCCACGCUACACGCGUGCACGCAGAGUCUCUGACCUGUCGGACAAAGCUUGUCCCCCUGAUAGGGGGCGUGGUGAGAGCAGGACAAGGGGUGGGGCUUUACAAGAUGAAGGGCAGGAACGAAACGGCAGCAAGUCUAAGUACAGCAGUUCAGGGAUGGGGCGGGUCUUUAUGUCCUCUGACUCCGCCCCUGAUCCGGCUUCUCCUCCACUUCCUACGUCAGGCACUAAUGCAGAGCGAGAGAGAGAGAGGGCAAUGAACUUGGAAAAUUAUAGACGAACACCUGACCGAAGUCCCAAAUCCCGUUCGCAGGAUGCGUCGGUUCCCGUGGAAACAACACCGGGCCAGUCAACGAGAGGUGCCACUCAUGUCACAGUGCCAAGUUCUCCUAGGACAGCACGCAGAGCCUCUUUACCUUUGGGGCGGCAUGGUGGUAUUUCUCCUGGAGACCUGUUUAUUGAGCAACAAGCUCAAAACAUCCUCAGCAGACAGGGCCUGGCAGCUCUUUCUCAGAGCGAGUGGUCCCUCAGGAGUGCUGUGGACAGUGAUACGGUCUCACAAAUCAACUGGCCAUCCAGAAUACGAGUAAGAGAGAGACAGGCAAGAGAGGACAUCUUGGGAAGGGACUCUGAUUCAGGGUCAGAUGCACUUUCAUUGAGAACUCAUCCAAACGUUACCCCACCAUUUUUGGCUCCACGGCCUCAAUCUGCAAACCAGCCACGGACACGGAGCACAGAACACUUAAUACAGCCCCUGAGCCAGGGUGCAGAGACCCGUCAACAAAGAGCGCAUAGUGCAGAAAGAUUCCAGCACACUCACAGUAUUGAUUCACCUGCUUACCAGCAGAGACCUGCAAGUGAAGUAUCAAGCAAUCAACGUUCCCAAAAUGUAGGUCCCUCACGCUAUGAGCAGGACCCUGGUGUACACCCCAGCUCCAUGGGCCAUCAGCCAGGUUUCGGGCAAAUCAAGCAAUCUUUACCACGACGAGGUAGUCAAGAUGUUAAACAACAUUCAGAAAAACACAUGCCUUCCCAGCAACCACACCCAGUAAACAAAGACCCCCAGCAGUCACUGCAUGGUUUCAAAGAUGCCCAUCCACCUGUGCAAAAAUUUCGGGCCAUCCUACAGCCAAUGUCUUUGGACCGGGACAGUCACCAAACAACUCAAGCACCUACAACUACUAAAAAGCCUCAGCAUGAACAUACCUUGCAUACACGUCCGACACGUGAACAUAUACAACAACAUGGUCCUGUGCUUGGCCAUGGCCAACCUUUGCAGCAUGGUCUAGUUCAAACACUACCACCAGCCUAUGGACAAACUGUCCAAUCGGCUCCCACUCACGGGUCAAGUCGUCCAUCCCAACCUUCAGUUGUACCCGGAACUCCACUUGGCACAUCUGACAUGCUGGAUGCCAAAGACCACUUGGCUUCACCAGAUGCUAAACGAAAGAACUGUGCUGAUCAGAUUCAGCCCUUAAACAGACAAGAACUUUCAGCAGCCAAUGUGAAUCCACCUUUAGGAGGGCUACUUAAGAGCAGAAAGGCUGUGUUACCUUCGGAGAUUCGUCGCAGGGAAAAGAGUGCGGAUGAUCCCAUCCAAGGACCUGCUGAGGAAGACUUGGAAAGUCAUAGAAUUCGAAAGAUUAGUGAGUCUGAGGUCUCCGAAACAAGAAGUGGAAAAAAGUUGCACCAGUUAGAGGAAGUAAGAGAAGGGCUUAAUGGAAGAGGAGCUACUCUCAUGGAAGAUGGAGCAAUAUCAGGCGAUAAAGUAAUUGAUCUACAAAAAGACAGAGAAGAUCACAGUGUACCUCACAGUCGGUCUGAGGAAAGAGAUGUAGAAAAUGGUUUAAAGAGCAGCUGGACAUGUGAAGAUGUAGGACGUGCCGUAAGAAAGAUUGGGGAAACAGAACAAAGAAAGCAGAGAAGUGGUAAUAAAAUUGAAGGGAAUCAAGGUAAUAAGAGCUUGAACCAAUUAGUGGGCGUAGAUUUGCGAAGUGAAAAGAUUUCUGAAGUCAAAAAAAGAGAACAGAUGGAAGAUGAUGAAAGAAAAAUCCAAACUGCAAAGUCAGUUGAACCAGAGUUUCGAAGUAAUACUAAAGGCAGCCAGGAGGUAGAGGAGCGAGAAGGUCAUAACCCUUUGGCAGAAGGACAUGGUAGGAGGCGACAGGUAAAUCUAUCAGAAAGUGAGGAUGUGCAUGUCAGACGAAGAAGGAUAAGCCAAUCAGAGGAUGGUUGGGAUGGCCGCAGGGUACGUAAAAUUGGCCAUUUGGAUGAAAAGGAAGUUCAAGGAGUUCAUAGAAUCAGCCAAUCAAAUUGUCCUGAAGGAGGUGAUAAAGGACAUCGUCCAAACCUGUCUGAAAAAAUGGACACCACGCCACCGAAGGUACAGCUAACCAAUGAGCAGCAUUCUCCACACCAUAGGCUGGCAGAAGUAGGAGGGUACUUGCAGAGAGGCUCCUCCCUUCCUCAAGCUCAGCAUCGCAGUACCCAGGAUGCAAAUGACCUCAGGCCAAGAGUAAGGAUACGAUCCAUGUCAGACAUUGGGGUGAUUCAGCGGUCUGCUUCGUUGCAAAGCCUGGAGCGCACUCCUGGAAGAGAGCCUGCCAUUGUGAUGGGGGCUGGGCUUAAUGCUAGGGAUACAGGUGCUGUGGCCAAUGGUGAAAUGGGAGCUUUGGACACACGAGUUUCUGUGGCAAAGCUGAGACAUUCCUACUUGGAGACUGUGUCUGGACGCAGGACUGAACUGGAAACUAAAGGAGAGGUGGUUCACAUGGAGAUUGAUCCAACUGUGAGUGGUGACCGUGAACAAGGAGCCCGUCGGCCGAGGCGUUACAUCUCCGCUGGUGAUGACAGGAAGUCCUCUGAGAGGUUUAGAACUCAGCCAAUCACAUCAGCUGAAAGACUGGAGUCUGAUAGGGCCCGACUUAGUCCAGACUUGCAACAUGCAGAGCUGGAUGAAGAAAAAAUGGACGAGCGAGCUAAAAUGAGUGUGGCUGCCAAACGAUCUCUCUUCAGGGAGCUGGAGAAAACCUCAGAUGGAGGCGCCCUGAAACCUCGGUCACGCAAUGCUGCUGUUGAGAGAAGACUGAGACGAGGACAGGAUCGCUCUCGGACACAACCUGUCACAUCAGAGGAAGUAGUGAUAGCUGCUACUUCCCCCACUCCCCCCACCCAUGUCAUCACUGUUCAAACCACUGCUCCCAGAAUCCCCAGCCCUGCCGUAGUCAGCACCUCUAUGACUAGCUUCAGCCUGCAGGCAUCUUCGAGCCACCAGGAGCAAGAAAAAGAUGGUGCUCUAAAAGAGGCGGUGCCAGAAGAAGAGGAGGAGGGUGUUGAGGAACCAGACAUAUCAUCAUUAACUCUGGCUGAGAAAAUGGCAUUGUUCAAUCGCUUGUCACAAGUUCCCGGCCAGUCAUCAAAUGGACCACGACCUGACACACGCCAGAGAAGGGCCAACGCUCGCUUCCAGACCCAACCAAUCACACAGGGCGAAGUUGGCCAGGAAUUGAAAAAUGACGUAGAUCCAUCCAGUCACACUGAUGGACCCACUGUGACUAAUAACAGUGUUGGUCCUCCUCAAAGCGAGCAACUACAAAAUGGAAGUAUGAAAUUGGAGCCUCUCGCCGCAUCACUGGUCCACUCCGCUGCUGCGGCCACCACCCAGGCUUCUGUUGCCACGGUGACAAGCGCUUCCCCAUCAAUGACCGCAGAUGUUCGCUCGGGGAUGUCCACGGCACCCGUCUACGCUCCGGGCUCGCCCAGUCAGACGCGCACCGCUCAGCUCCCAGCCUAUGAGAGAGGGGUUCGAUACUUCAGCCUCACAGAGAGUGGGGAGAAGCCCACACCUGAUAUUCAGUCCCCGCCUCCGGCAGAACCCCUCAGCCAAUCGUCAUGCACCAAGGGUGGGGCCCCGCAGAUUUCACCCAGUGGGAGAAAACAAGAGGAGAGUGGGCGGAGGGGAAGACUCGGUUACUUGGGAAGAGAAGAGAGAGAGUCGGAGCCGCCUCACGUUCCUAAUGCGACCCCACCGCAACACACACAUGUGCUCAGACGCACACCCCCUCACGACGGGGGAAAGACAGAGCUGAGAGACCCGCAGGAGAGGGAGAAACAAAGUACACCCGUCUCGCAAGGAAGCUACUUGUCACCAGACGCUCAUCAGACGGCGAGAGGAAGCAAUACGAGACCCAUCGGCUCAGAUGUCCCUGAUGUCAGUGUCACGGCAAGGUCUGUGAGCAGUGCCGUGGUCUCCUCGAGAAGUUCCUCACACGCACUUCCUUAUCUCCAGCAAACACAGCUGUAUACACCUCCACAACCACAGCUGUACACACCUCCACAACCUCAACGAAAACCCACGCAACACACUCAGGUCCACAUCCAGACGCAAGCAAGACCUCAGCCACAAGCCUACAGUCCAGCUGCAACGCCACCCACACAGCCCAAACCGCAAACUCACCUGGUUUCUGUCCCUAACACUUACAUAGACUCUCAGGCUCCUUUACGACAAGAUCAGACACAACCCAGAAUACCUCCGCAGACGCAGCCGAAACCACAGUCCUUCUCUCCACCCCAGUUGCAUGCCCACAGUCUCCCUCAACCCAAGAUACCCCCUCAAACUCAGCCAAAACCCCAGGGCUUCAUCCCACCUCAAAGUCCGCCCCAGGAGGAGAUCCCGGGAAAAUACGGCCCACCUGGACCUGUUGUCUUCAAAGACCAAAGGCCAGAGAUCCAAGAAGAACCUGAAGCCAUGACAUCCAUGUCGAUCAAAGAAAGGUUGGCUCUGUUGAAGAAGAGUGGAGAGGAAGAUUGGAAAAACAGAAUCAACAAGAAACAAGAAGUUGUACAAGAAGUGGCGUCAGCAAGCGACAAGACGGGACAAAUAUUGGAGGAGCAAGGCUUUAAGAAAAAGGAAGAGCAGACUGUUAUGAGUGAGUUCACAUCAUCUGAACAGCUCUGGGGCCCUGUCUUUUCUUCUACCUACUCUCCUCCACCUCUUCCAUCUUCCCCAAAAUGCCAAUAUGUAGAUCAUCAGGGGCAGAAGCUUGGAGAAGAGAGGGAGGGGCAGAUGUCAAUUGAAGAGAGGAAACAGAUGAUCUCCGUUCGAGAGGAGGCGUGGCAAAGCACAGGAAAGGGCACGGCCAAUGACUCGGCCCAGUACACUGUGGCUGCCAAGAUGGUGAAAAAAGGUCUGACUGCUUCGUCUGCAGUUAUCAGUCCGAUUAUUUCUCCAGUAUCUACUAAAGUAAAGAGCAGCGUCUCCAAACCACAAGAAGAAAUUGAGGCCAGAGGAGAAAUGGAGUCUGAUAAGAAGCUGGAAAAGCUGGAGACGUUUUUGGGCCGUUUGAACAGUAAAGUAUCAGAUUUGCAGGAGACGACUCUGACUGUGACUGAAAAGGCAGUGAAGGAAGUCAUGCGAUUGGAUGAUGAGAUCUUCUCAAAAUUUUACCGCCGCGUGACUGAUAUUCCUCGUACUCUGAGCAGCCGAAUGCAUUUGGAGGAAGACUUUGAUGCCAUCUUUGGAAAACAAACACCAAUGUUGACAUCAGCGGUGGUGCAGCACAAGCUGGCAGUUCGUCCCUCUCGUAACGUCCAGGCCUCAAAGAACCCCUUAAAAAUCCUGGCGGCCCGAGACGACAUCCGUCACGAAUACACAGAGCAGAGACUGAACGUUGGUCAGCUGGAGAGCAAGAGAAUCAAACAGGAGAAGAUGAGUAGGAGCCCCAGUUUGUCGGACGCAGCUUUGGCUGGUUUGGCCAGUAAAGAGAACUACAGCAGCGUGAGUCUGCGCAGUGUGAGCAUCUCCGAGCAGAUGACCAAUAACAGCGCAACUCCUUACAAAAAACUCAUGCUCAUGCAGGUCAAAGGUCGACGGCAUGUGCAGACCAGACUAGUGGAGCCCAGAGUCUCCUCUCUUAACAGUGGUGACUGUUUUCUACUUGUGACACCUGAAUAUUGUUUCGUUUGGAUCGGGGAGUUUGCAAAUGUCAUAGAAAGAGCCAAGGCAUCAGAACUGGCCACCUUUAUCCAACUAAACCACGAUCUUGGUUGUCGAGCAACACAUGUGGAUACCAUUGAGGAAGGGGUGAACUCCCAAAGUCCCACAGCUGCAGAGUUCUGGAAGAUUCUGGGAGGACCAGCCAGCUAUCAGUCGGCUGGGUCUCCAGAGGAGGACGAGAUGUUCGAAAGUGCAGUCGUGGAGACAAACUGCAUCUUUCGCCUGGUGGAUGAUAAACUGCUUCCCGAUGAUGAUUUCUGGGGAAAAGUGCCUCGAAAUUCCCUGCUGGGCUCUAAAGAGGUGAUUGUGUUUGACUUUGGUAGUGAAGUUUACGUCUGGCACGGUAAAGAGGUCACACUGACACAGAGGAAGGUGGCGUUUCAGCUCGCCAAACAUCUUUGGAACGGCACCUUUGAUUACACAAACUGUGACAUCAAUCCUUUAGACCCUGGAGGACAUAACACUCUGAUACCGAGGAAAGGUCAAGGACGUCCAGACUGGGCUAUAUUUGGUAGACUGACUGAACAUAAUGAAACGUGUCUGUUUAAAGAGAAGUUUCUGGACUGGAAAGAUGUCUCUCGACUCUCACCUAAAACAGUUCAGGAGCAGCCCGUCCAGCAGAAGGAGUCUCCGGUGUCAGACUCUCGCUCUGAGUGUCGGGCGUACAGCGCCUCUCUGAUGUUACCGGUUCUGCAGUCACCCAUCAGCACCAUUCUUGACGGUCAGGAUGUGGGUCGAGGGCACGGUCCAGUUGAGAGCGCCUCUGAGGAUAACCUGCGGUCUCUGGAGAUCAGUACGGUAGCUGUCGACGUUUGGCACAUUCUUGAGUUUGACUACAGCCGGCUGCCCAAGCAGAGCAUCGGUCAGUUUCACGAGGGAGACGCCUAUGUGGUGAAAUGGAAGUACAUGGUGAGCGCGGCAGUGGGCAGCAGACAGAAACCGGAUCAGGUACGCAGUGCCGGUCCAGGCCGAGAGAAGUGCUGUUAUUUCUUCUGGCAGGGCAGAAACUGUACGGUCAGUGAGAAGGGAACGUCUGCGCUCAUGACGGUUGAACUGGAUGAGGAGAGGGGAGCUCAGAUGCAAGUCCAGCAGGGGAAGGAGCCGCCCUGUUUUGUGCAGUGUUUUAAUGGAGGGAUGAUCGUGCAUUCUGGGAAGAGAGGGGAGGAGGAAGAUAACAUUCAGAAUGAGUGGCGUCUGUACUGUGUACGGGGUGAAGUGCCAGUAGAGGGACAUCUGUUGGAGGUUGCGUGUCACUGCAGCAGUCUGAGAUCACGCACAUCAAUGAUCCUGCUGAACAUCAACAAUGCCCUCAUCUACCUGUGGCACGGCUGCAAGACUCAAACCCACACUCGACACGUGGCUCGAACCGCUGCCGACAAGAUUAAAGAGCUGCGACCACUGGAGGCGGGACUUCACAGCAGCAGCAAUGUGACCAUUCACGAAUGUGAGGAAGGUUGUGAGCCGAUGGAAUUUUGGGAAGCUUUGGGAAGAAAAGACCGCAAGGCUUAUGACUGCAUGCUGCAAGACCCCGGCAAGUUUAACUUCACACCACGACUCUUCCAGCUCAGCAGUUCUUCGGGCGAGUUUGUAGCGCAGGAGUUUUUUAACCCAUCCAGAGCUGCAGACCUGGUUUGCUCCUUGCCGUUCCUGCAGGAGGACCUGUACUCCACCCCACAACCAGCUCUUUUCCUAGUGGAUAACUAUCAUGAAGUUUACCUGUGGCAGGGCUGGUGGCCACAGGACACAGAGAGCCCCGGCUCUGCCCGAAUCCGCUGGGACUCGGAUAGGAAGUGUGCCAUGGAAACAGUGCUGCAGUACUGCAGAGAGAAGAAUGAGAAGAAGCCUCAGAAGUCUUACCUGAUCCAUGCUGGACUGGAGCCACUGACCUUCACAAACAUGUUUCCCAGCUGGGAGCACAGAGAAGAUAUUGCUGAGAUCACAGAGAAGGAGGCAGAAGUGUGUAAUCAGAUUAUUCUCGUCGAGGAUGUUUUGGCCAGACUCUGUCAGAGCAUCUAUCCGCUCGCGACGCUGCAAACCCGUCCCCUUCCCCACGGCGUCGACCCUCUGCGAAUCGAGAUGUACCUGACAGAUGAGGACUUUGAAAGCGUGUUGGAGAUGAAGAGAGAAGAGUUUGAUGCUCUGCCAGGAUGGAAGCAAGUGAACCUAAAAAAAGCCAAAGGACUCUUUUAGAAACCUGAUAUAAGAAAUCAUCACUGUUUAUUUCCUCUAUGACCACCGGUUCUGCCGUCACUUCGGUUAUUUGACCUCGUUCGGUCAACGGAGGUGAUUGCGCGUAUUGAGAACAGGGUAAACGGUCAGGUCAAAGGUCACUUUAGGAUCUACAGAUGCACCCGCUGUGGCGUCCGCUUUUGAUGUAUUAUCUGUAUGUGGAGGUGAUGUGUAUGUGUCCGACUCCUCGACGUGUCCGUGUGCUACGAUUUGACGGUCACGUGCAGUCAGUGUGUGCAGUACGACAUCCAAAACAAGUCUUUUGUUUAUCCGUUUUGGUUCGUCUUUUGAAAUAUGGAAAUCAAACACUUUCUCAUUCAUGUUCAAAGCUGGCGCCCGUCUGGGCAUGCUUUGGUUCAAACUGCGAUGGGGUUUUGUUGUAACUUUUAUUUAUGUUUGAAAAAUCUGCUUAAUCAUUUGAAAAUUGUAUAAAGAAUUAUGUAGGAAAUCAAGAAAUGGCAGAAAAUCCUGCGUGGUUUCUCUUAAUGUCGUCUGAUGUCUUAGAGUCUUGUUGAUUUGAUUUAAGAGGAGUUUACAUGCCACUGUACGUCUGUGUGUUUGUGUUUUUUUUUCAGUGUUUUUGUGUGAAUGGCUGCUGAUCUCUUUAUGAGCUGUGGGGAGCGUCAUGUUUGUUUGUUUGCAUUCAGACAGGAUGACGUUUUGUAUGAGCGAAGGAAGAAAAUGAAUUAAUUUAAAUGUACAGUAUAGUGCCUUGCUUUUGUGUACAGUUUCUAUACCAAACACACACUAGUCUGCAUUUCAAAGACUUUCUUUGUGAUAAAAGAAAUAGCGAAUAAAGCAUCAUGAAAAAUC